ACUGUUUAUGGUUACAAUGCAAAAAUCUCAUUGCCUCCGCCUGCCCUUACGUCCUUACGUCAGUUCGAUCAGCUCAAAUCACAAGCUUCUUCGAGUGUUCUUUUUUGCGCGGAGCUCACGCGAUAGUUCCUGUGUUACAUCCGCUUCACUGGGCAGUAUCUAUGUCUAUUUUACGGAAUGGAUCUAAUGGAAAGAUCAGAUGUCCCGUAUACAGAAGGAGCACCUGAAUGCGUCUCCAGUGAUCAGAAAGGCUACUGCGGUUGUAGCAUGCGGAGGAUUGCUGACUGUGUCCCCCUGAACUACCGCCAGGAGGCACUACAAGUCCUCAAACUAGCGGGGCCUGUGGUGAUUUCGCAGAUGAUGGUUUUCUUGAUCAGUAUCAUCAGUAUGGUGUUCUGUGGCCAUCUAGGAAAAACUGAGCUUGCUGCAGUCUCACUGGCGGCUGCUGUGGUUAAUGUCAGUGGAGUUUCCAUUGGCACUGGUUUGUCUGCAACUUGUGACACUCUUAUAUCGCAGACAUUUGGAAGUGGUAACCUGAAGCGUGUGGGAGUGAUUCUUCAGAGAGGAGUUCUGAUCUUGUUAUUGGCCUGUUUCCCAUGUUGGGCCAUGCUGGUCAAUACUGAGCCCCUGCUGCUCGCUGUUAAACAGAGUUCGGAGGUUGCCAGUCUUUCACAGUUGUAUGUGGAGAUCUUUAUGCCGGCUCUACCGGCCACAUUUAUGUAUCAACUGCAAGGGAAGUACCUUCAAAAUCAGGGAAUAAUGUGGCCACAGGUCAUAACUGGGGCAAUUGGAAACAUAUUCAAUGUAAUUAUCAAUUACAUCUUCCUUCAUCUUCUGAAGCUCGGUGUGGCUGGCUCUGCAGCUGCCAAUGCUAUCUCACAGUACAUUCUGGCUCUGCUGCUGUUUGCAUACAUUAUAUGGAGAGGACUACACAAAGCUACAUGGGGAGGCUGGUCCAUGGACUGCCUUCAAGAAUGGGGUCUGUUUGUUCGACUGGCCAUCCCCAGCAUGCUCAUGAUAUGUUUGUCCUGGUGGAUGUUCGAGAUCGGAGGAUUUCUGGCUGGGAUCAUUAGCGAGACUGAACUUGGGGCACAAUCCAUUGCAUACCAACUUUGCAUUGUGGCUUAUAUGUUCCCUCUUGGUUUCUCUGUAGCCGCGAGUGUACGAGUCGGAAAUGCUCUUGGUGCUGGAAAAGUGGAACAAGCCAAGCUCUCCUGCAAGGUGCCUAUCAUCUGUGCAUUUAUAUGUGCAUGUUUUGUUGGAGCUAGUCUCAGCCUGGCCCGUCAUGUCAUUGGAUACAUUUUUACCACAGAGCAUGACAUCAUUCAGAGAGUGUCCGAAGUCAUGCUUUUAUUUGGUUUCAUGCACAUUGGGGAUGCCACAGCAGGUGUGGCUGCUGGCAUACUGAGAGGAGCAGGGAAACAACUGAUUGGCGCUCUGUGUAACCUAGUGGGCCUGUAUUUCAUUGGCUUUCCCAUUGGUGUGUCUUUAAUGUUCGCAGCCAAGAUGGGCAUUAUGGGGAUGUGGACUGGACUGACCAUCUGUGUCUUCCUGCAGUGCACUGUUUUCAUCAUAAUUUUAUACAAACUUGAUUGGACAAAAGCUGCUAAAGAGGCAUUUGAGAGAGCUGGCAUCCAGGUGCAAAAUGAACAGUCUAACUCAGAAGACUCAGAUCUGAUCCAUAUGGGGGUGGGCACUGCUCCCUCUAUACAGUGUGCAGAGGAGACAGAGGAGGGACCUUCCCACAAUCAGAUGUUUACCACUACAACCACAGUGGGGGACAUUCUGCCUAAGAGGGCGCUGGUUUUACGGCGAUCACUCACACUAAUGCUCAUGAUGGUUAUCCUGAUUUCUGGGAUCACCACCAGUGAACUGCUAAUGACUUUAUUCAACUAAUUAACUAGUGUUUGUUUGCAGUUGGAGCAUCAAAGAAUACACCACACAACAUACAAUCUCAUUUAAAGACUUGUGGAAGAGCAAAUUCAUAUUCUUAUUGAUAGUUUCUUCUUUACAGCUGAAGCUUCAUACAAAAACAUAUUAAAGAUGAAAAGGUAUUUGUCAUGUAAAAACAUGUUUGAAUAUAUGAAUUCUAAAUGUGUGAGUGUGUGUGUCUUUGUCUGUCACAGUGUACCUUUAUGAUUUAUAGAUACAAUUAAUUGCACAUUUCAACCAAUUGUUUCAUGUGAAUGAUAAUCAUUAAUUCUUUAUCUUGGUAUUCUGAAUAUUGCCUAUACAAUCACAGUAUGCACUAGAACAACUGUUGCCCUACUGUAUGACAUUUUUUACAGAAAUAAAAUGUGCUGCUUUUUAGGCUUAUUUCUGCAGGUCAGAAUAAAAAUGCAAAACUUGAAUUUUCCUUGGGAUCAAUAAAGUAUCUCUCUAACUCUCAUCCAAGUAGCAAAAAAAAUAAAAUUUUGUCAGCUGGAACUGAAGAAGCCACUUGGAUGAGUAGCAAAACGUUUUCACUCGUAAACUUCUGUCCAGUUGACUAAACUGAAUUUCUUUUCUUUGCCACUCUCACUGAAUUAAGAAAUUUACUGAUGCAAAAAUGUAGCAGCCAACAGAUUAUUUUUAAGGAACUGUAUGUAACAAUUUGAAAUAUCUCCAGAUACAAGUUUCAAAUAGAGUUUUUGUAACAACAUUUGUAAAGUAAUGCUGAUUUAUUCUUAAUUACAACAACUUUGAAUAUGA